UUGGAAAGGCAUGGGCAACUUGCUGGGGUUCGGUCUCCCUCUGCUGUCAGUUCUCAGCAUGUCCAGGAGGCUGCUUUCCUUCUCUGGUGAUGAUCUGCCCUCACUCCCACCUCCGGGCAGGAUGCUUUCAAAGUCAAUGUUAAAGGCAGUGGGGCGCCUGGAGACUGCUCACGUUACACCCCUCUCUCUCACCGAGUGAAUGAAACCUGUGAACUCUGUUUCUCUUCUGCCCCUGCUCCAGGGAAUCAAGACUGUGAAUGUGUCACUAUUCCCUGGGGUAGUCUGAGGCCUGAGCAUGCGCACCAGCUGAUACCAAUUGUUGCAGAUCCCGGAGUCUCGCCCUUUCUACGUUCUCCAGGGAGCUCCGCCCGCACCCCGGUCCUGAGAUCGUCCUCUCUCAUGGGUGGUGGACGGCUAGAUCGGCUGGUUGGAAUAUCUAGGGAAAAAGCCGUUGGAGUUCAUGUCCUUGCUUCUAGCCACGCAGGCUCAGCGGCGCCGCCGCCCUUGUUCCCUGGUCGCUCACAGCUUCCAAGUGAAAGCCGCUGCGAACGGCUUGAAUGAAACAUGUGUGGGUUUAGUGUGUGGUAAAACCAUCAGGGGAUUCCUUCUCUCCACAAACCAGAAGCUCUGUUAGAAGGAGGACGAGUGGGAGGAGGCCUGGAGCGUAGCGCGCGCAGUGGCUGAGCGGCUGGGAGAGGCAGGGCCACCUCCCCUGGCGACCACGCACCGCUCCACCCGCCUGCGGCGGUUCCAGGCACCACGCUCUCCGCCGGGGCUGUGAUGGUGGUGGCAGUGACAAGCUCCUACACCCGACAGCACUGUGCACACAACAGCAGCGCCCUCUCCUCCCUCUCCCUCCAUCCCACGCCUACUCCGCCUGGGCACUAUGCACAACCGCCGGCGAUAGCCCCUUGUCAACUUUGAGCGGAAGGAGCAGCAACUUUGACAGCAGUCGCGGGUUUCGAAUCCGGCUUCUCCUUGGCAACAGAACCCUCGAAAGUGGCCUGAGUUAAACCAGACAAGAGUUUCCUCUGAGCACCAGCAUUGGCUCUGUUUGCAACGGGUUCCCUGCCAGCCGGGCGUGGGAUUGUGACAGCCAGUCCCCUGGUGGAGGGGACUUGUUUUUCUUUCUCUCAAGAGACCUCGACUAGCGACUGGAUAAAGCUGUAGCAAAAGGAUGUAAAUAGCAAAGCAACUGUUACCAAGAAGGCAGUCACCACCCAAAGGCAGGGAGGAACGUGGGGCUUCCUCCAGGCUGUGCCCAGUCGCAACAUUAGGGAACAAUCGGGUGGUGUUUGCAACUUUUCAAGGUCAGUCUGGUGGAUCUGCUAUUUUCCCUGGGACCCUUCCGGUGAUCAGAGCUUGGGUUAGAUUUGACUGCGAAAUGCACAGGACGCCAAACGUGGAAGGAUUGUAGGGGGUGUGUUGUCCCCCCCCCCCCCCGGUUCUGUUCCCUGCUUUCCCAGUAGUCUUCAGCUCCUCUCCACUACCCAGCGGUGAGUAUGUGACAUGUGUCUAACUCUCUGCACCAAGUUUGGCAGCAGGUGUCGGUGCUAAGUAAGAGCGGGGCUACUAGGUGCGCCCUCGCCGAGCCAUGCCGGCCAGGGGCGCGCCUUUCUCGCGUACGUCGCGGCUACUGCUCCUCCUGCUGAUGAAGGUUUCUGUCUCUGCUGUCCUGAGCUUUGUUUCUGAGGCCAGGAAUGGAACUUGUCUUGGGGGCAACUGUCCCCCACUGCUCCAACGCCACAGCAGGGAUGCCCGGGAACCAGGAAAUUCUGUGAGAGACAUUCUGCGAGUUCGAGUUCGUAUGCCCAGGGAGAAACUGGAAGCAGAGGUGAGAGGGGCGACCUCCUGGGACCUCCCACCCUCCCCAGGCGGCAAGACAGGUGUGAGUGAAGAGGCGGCAGGUGCUGCAGCUGCUGGGCCCUUGGGUCGUCCAACCAAGCCACCUGGUGUCUGGAGGUGGAAAGGUGCGCAGGGUAAAGAGCCAUUGGGAAAUUUGGGGAGAAGGGACCCCACGGACCUCCAACUCUUCCUUCAGACUUCGGAGGGGGAAGAGAUGAGUCCCAGGGGAGCUGGCAUUCCCCGGAGCAGCCAGGAGAAGAGUGUGAAAAUGGACCCUGAACCCAGAGAUCUUUUUUACUGGCCACGGAGAACUGGACAACUCCAGGGUUCCCACCAAAAACCUCCAGCGGGGCACGAAGGGAGGACCAUUGCUCCCCCAGGCAGGGCACUACCACAAAACGGGUCUGUAGAUGACUGGAUCCCUGACCAAGGGGGUCCGCGACGUGGAAACAGCACAAGCAGGCGCGUGAGACUGAAGAACCCUUUCUACCCUCUGACCCAGGAGUCCUAUGGCGCCUAUGCAGUCAUGUGCUUAUCUGUGGUGAUCUUUGGGACCGGUAUCAUUGGUAACUUGGCGGUGAUGUGCAUCGUGUGUCACAAUUACUACAUGAGGAGCAUCUCCAAUUCUCUCUUAGCAAACUUGGCCUUCUGGGACUUUCUCAUCAUCUUCUUCUGCCUACCCCUGGUCAUCUUCCAUGAGCUGACCAAGAAGUGGCUUUUGGAAGAUUUCUCCUGCAAGAUCGUGCCCUAUAUCGAGGUGGCUUCUCUGGGCGUCACUACUUUCACCUUAUGUGCACUGUGCAUAGAUCGCUUCCGGGCUGCCACCAACGUCCAGAUGUACUAUGAAAUGAUCGAAAAUUGUUCUUCCACCACUGCCAAACUUGCAGUUAUCUGGGUUGGCGCUUUGCUGUUGGCACUUCCGGAAAUUGUCCUCCGCCAGUUGAGCAAGGAGGAUUUGGGCUUUAGUGGCCAGGCUCCUGCAGAACGGUGUGUCAUAAAGAUCUCUCCUGAUUUACCGGACACCAUCUAUGUUUUGGCCCUUACUUAUGACGGUGCACGGCUCUGGUGGUAUUUUGGCUGCUACUUUUGUCUGCCUACACUUUUCACCAUCACCUGCUCGCUAGUGACUGCACGAAAGAUCCGCAAAGCAGAGAAGGCCAGUACCCGUGGGAACAAGCGGCAGAUCCAUCUGGAGAGCCAGAUGAACUGCACGGUGGUGGCCCUGACCAUUUUAUAUGGGUUUUGCAUCAUCCCUGAGAAUAUCUGCAACAUCGUCACUGCCUACAUGGCCACGGGCGUCUCACAACAGACGAUGGACCUCCUCAACAUCAUCAGCCAGUUCCUCUUGUUCUUCAAGUCCUGCGUCACCCCCGUGCUCCUCUUCUGCCUCUGCAGACCCUUCAGCCGGGCCUUCAUGGAGUGCUGCUGCUGCUGCUGUGAGGAGUGCAUCCAGAAGUCUUCCACUGUGACCAGCGAUGACAACGACAAUGAGUACACCACGGAGCUGGAGCUGUCGCCCUUCAGCACGAUCCGCAGGGAGAUGUCCACUUUUGCUUCUGUGGGGACCCACUGCUGAAGUACCCGGCUCGCUUAGCUCAGAUUUCUCCGAUUUUCAUAUCCUGUGAAAAUUUUUACUUCAUAUUUUUCCUUGCAGAGGAACGAGGCAAACAUUUUGGAAAGCAAGUAGAGGAAGGCAUAUUAACUGCUCUAGAACUGAUUUUGCAAAUUAAUAUUUGUGCUCUGGGAAAAAAAUGUUUCUAUUUAGUAAUUUAGUAUUUGUAAUAAGAAGGUGGCCAACCAUCUCAGAUCAUUUUUCCUGCUAUGGUGCUAAUAUUUUAUUUAAAAGUUACUGCACCUUAACAAUAUUAAUUGUUGGAUUUCUUUUUUUCUUUUAAGAACAUAAUCAUUGUAUACUGAAGGUGGGCCUGCGAUUUUGCUAGUUAUUUUGUGUUUAAGUUGUGAUUGAAAGUACAUUGUAUCUAAAAUGAUUUGUACUUCCAGCCAUUCAAAGUAGCCCCAAAUAAACAACCCAUCCUUCUUUAACACGACUGUCAAUCUACUUUUAACUAAGACUCAAUAAAUCUUUUAAUUGCCUUAAACAUACAAUUACUGGUCCUAUGCACAACUUGAAACUGGCCUUAUCUUUUUUCUUUAUAUCUUCCUUUAAGGCAGGUAAUCACUAUGUUGUAAAGAAGUUUUCCAAAUAAUACUGUUUAUAUACAUAACUCAUAACAUUAUAUUGUAGAUUAAAAUUAAGCCGUAAUUUUUAAUAUUCACAGUAUAAAAUCACUUCUGAAUAUUUUUAAAAAUAUAAAAGACAGAAGAGUAGGUAUAGAGUUCUUUUACUUCCUAUAGGUCUAUUUUAAAUCCACCUUUCAACUGGCACAUGGAGGGACAGGUUUUCCCAUGGGGGAUUAUGGGCAGAUCAAGACUGGGAAACAAUGUGCUUGUCAUCUGAUUUCCACUGAAAAUAGGCUCUGAAGUUCCGUGGCUCAUAUGUGAAGUGCUCUGAAUUCUAAUAGUCCUUCUUGGCUUCUAUUUUACUUUUUAAAUUUUUGAGAAUUUCAUAGGAGUACUCUGUUUAAACCAUUUCCACCCAUUCCUUCCCCUUCCACUCCUCCCAUUUGACUCCCUCAAAUUCAUAUUUACAAAAAAAAUAACCUAAUUAAACCUCUGACUUUAGUUUUUAUGUGGAAUGAAAGUACAGAUAUGUAUGUAUGUAUGUAUGUAUGUAUAUGUAUGUAUCUAUGUAUGUAUGUAUAUCUUGAUUAGAGCAUGAAAAUAUUCAAAUACGACCCUUAAAUGGAUGUUCAAUAAAUACCCCCCCCAAACCUCACCCCACCCAUUCAGUUUAUUGAGUCGCAUGUGUUUGGCGCAUGGGUCACAUGUCCAGUUGUGAUGGCAGAUUCUGACUGGGAGACAAAAUCAUUUUUUUUAAAGCUCCAAGAAAAAGUGGGUGAUUGAAUGCCAGUGCCUUCAGCAAAACAACAGGAUUAGGAGCCCAAUUAUCUGUCUGGAAAGUGUUCUUUCCAUCAGUCUCUCAGCUUUUCAGCUUGAACUGAACCAGUGCCCAUCUGCCAGAAACUAGCUUGACGUUAUGACAGUCACAGAAAUUCAGUGGUAGAAAACUUAAGAGAUUUGACCCAAGUCAUUUAUGUCCCGGAUGAAGUCCAGAUCAACAAAAACAUCUUUCUCUUAACUUCUCCUUUCCCCAGUUCAGUUCUGGAGAUGUGAUUAAUCCCCACACUGGCCAGGGAUUUAAGGCAUGGUUAAAACACAGGAUAAUUGUUUUCUGACAGUUGUGCAAGGUCUUUGGGGAAUUCCUGAAGGAGACAUCUGAGGACAUCCAGGUUUGGGUUGAAGAGCAAGUUGACAACUCUGAGUCCACAAUGCCUGUCUCAACACCACAGGUGACUUCAGAACGGAGAAACUCAUUCUAUAAAACCUUCUAUGCUUCUACUUUCAGUACUUGCGAGUAGAACUCAUUCUCAGACUGGUCAAAAAAUCAAGGAGAGAAGAAUAUGUAGAAAGAGCCAAGAGAAAGCAUGAAUGAGUACAAUAACUUAGAGCUAAUGGGUGGUGGACAGAAUGCGUAAAAUUUGAUAACCAUACUCAGGGAAGAGGGAAGUCAGACUUAAAUAAAACAAUGAAGCUUUUAUGUGAUAACUGAUGGCCAGCCCACACAAGGAGGUGAUGGUGGAAGAUUUGGUGAGUAGAAAGCCCAAGAGGAGAGAAGUUAUUUUAGAAAUACUAGAACAAGAAAUCACUAGGUGCGAUUGAAUCUUUUAGCUUAACUGGCUUUGAUAUGGAUUUGGUUUAAAGGUGUCUCUCAAAGCUAAAUGGACUAGAAGCUGGUCUUCAUGUGGCAACAGAAGAUGGUAGAGCAAUCAGGAGAUAAGGCCCAGUGGUAAGUGAACAGGCUAUAAAGGUGAUACUAUCAUGACUAAUGACUUUCAUAUAAUUUCUGAUUCCCACAAACCCGGCUUAGCAAUGAAAAGUGUGAAUGUAUUCUAUAAAGAAAACCCACAUGACAUGUUUGGUUUCAUCUGUUCAGAGAUUUCUCCCCCUCUUUUUCUUUCUGCCAUGUCAUGUCAUUAGAGACCAGACAGAUAGACAAAUGAGCCUGAUAUUGGACUUCUACCUUCCAAAACUGUAAUCUGAAUAAACCUCUGUAUAAGUAUUCAUCCUCUAGCAUUGUAUUGAAACAACGACAAAGCUAUACAGAAGAUUUGUGAGAAAUCAUGAUGAAUAUUCACUGAAGUCGUCUAAUAAGAAUGCUGUUGUUAUGGAUAAAUGUCAGAACUCUACAACAGGAAGAUAUUUGUAAACAAGUUAAGUAUAGAAGCAGUGAUGGUUUGAAUAUGAAAAAAUUACUAGACAGUCACAACAUGUUAUUGAACUAUAAUGUAGGCAGUGAAACUAAAAUUUACUUUUUCUUCUGUGCUUGCUUUGUGAUGAUCAGUUGUUGAUACACAGACCUUUUGUUAUAUCCUACCCUUGCCACUUUAGUAUUAAAACUAAGCUGUCCUAAAUAAAAUUUGAUUUAUAUGCUUUCUCAUA